AGUGGAGGACAAGUCCAUUUCUGCCUCUCGAUGAGAUUAUAAAUAAAUAAUGCAAGCAGAAAAGUUGUUGAUCGAAGAGAUCGUCUAGGAAUGAUAUCUGUCUUCCAAUUCUAUAACUCAGUAGAGUUUUGUAAUUACUCUGAAGAGCCCAUAGGGCUAGGCAUUCUGGAGGUUACAAAAAUGCAUGCUAGGAAGUUCCUGCCUUCCAAGGAUCUUUCUUCAAGUCUAAGUAAGUAUGGUUAAAUUCCUUUUAGCCUUUUUUAAUUUUUUUAAUGAAGUAGCUUUAAAAUUCAUUAAAUGCUUAUUGUCUCCUAAAGAUAAGAAGUUUCACAAAGUCUGUUUAAGUCUUUGAUUUUAAUGUCAAGCGUGAGUGUCUACUUAUUAAUCUUUUAUGUGACUGAGAACUCCAUCUUUGACAUCAUAGCUGUUUCAUAGCAACCUUGACCUAAGUGAGUGAUGAGCUCUGUUCUGUAGGGUAGAGGGAGUAGUAGGCCAAGAGUCAGGGAGCAUCGUGCAUCCUCUCACCCAAAAUACAUCUUCAGUAUCCUUGGGAAGAAAGAGUGCCUAAAAGGGGGAGAGGAGCUGCCUUUAAUGUAACCUUAAACAUUCUGAUUUGAAAAGGUCAUCCUGGCCCUUGUCUUUAUGAAUUUCCAUUUCUGUUUAAAAUUCCUUACACAUUGAACAGUGUUUCACACUUUACAAAGUGCUUUCACAUACAGUAUAUCGUUCGAUGCUCUAAGUGACCUUCCUCAGAUAGGCAAGGAAGUCUAUACAAAGGAGGAAACAAAUUCAAGAAGGGUAAGUUACUUGCCUCCCAGUCCAGAGUUCUUAAUCCUUUUUAUAGGAGGUUUAGGAGCGUUAAAGUCAAUAAUUCAAGUUAAUCUUCCUUUUUGUAGACUUUAGUAUUUGUUUUAUUUGAUGACAUUUAACUGGAGCUUUUGAAACCCUUAAUUUAGAUCCUAGUUUAUAGAGGGCAAGGGUAAUGGGUGAGGAAGAGUAACUUCACUGUACAUUUGAGGUAAUUUGGAAAUUCCCCUCUGUUUCUGAAGUCUUUUCUUCCUUGUCUUCCCAAGAGGUGGAUUUAAAGUCAUUAAACGAACAUGGAAAGGGCCAGGUGCAGUGGCUCACGCCUGUAAUCCCAACACUUUGGGAGGCUGAGGUGGGUGAAAUUGCGUGAACCCAGGAGUUGGAGACAAGGGCGAAACAUGGUGAAACCCCGUAUCUAUAAAAAAUACAAAAAUUAGCUGGGCAUGGUAGCCUACAUUGUAGUCCCAGCUACCCAGGAGGCUGAGGUGGGAGGAUUGCUUGAGCCUAGGAGGUUGAGGCUGCAGUAAGCUGUGAUCAUGCCACUGCACUCUAGCCUGGGUUGACAGAGUGCGACCCUGUCUCGAAAAAAAAAAAAAAAGAGAGAAAAGAAUGAAGACUUGUCAGGUGGUUAUUAAUAACGAUAGAUAGUAAAGCAACACCAUUGUGAUUUUUUUCCUGCCUUGUGGCCUCACCUGUUAAUAAGGACUGGACUUUUAUUUAUUAAAUUGUGUUGUUUUAUUGACAAUACAUGCAUCAUAUCUUUUGACUUUGAAGGAUAUCUCAUGUCAAAGGAAUCAACUUAUGAUACUAUAGAGGAUUCAGCGGGAAUCCCUUGGGGGCGCUAGCUGAGGGUGGCAAAAUGGCUGCUGAGACAUGAAGGCUUUGGCCGCUAGUUUCGCCCUUGGGAGCCUGGGGUUGGCCUUCUACUUGCCUUUGGUGGCAACUACACCUAAAACACUGGCCAUCCCUGAGAAGCUUCAGGAAGCUGUGGGGAAAGUUAUCAUCAAUGCCACAACCUGUACUGUCACCUGUGGCCUGGGCUAUAAGGAGGAGACUGUCUGUGAGGUGGGCCCUGAUGGAGUGAGAAGGAAAUGUCAGACUCAGCGCUUGGAAUGUCUGACCAACUGGAUCUGUGGGAUGCUUCAUUUCACCAUUCUCAUUGGCAAGGAAUUUGAGCUUAGCUGUCUGAGUUCAGACAUCCUGGAGAUUGGACAGGAAGCUUUCCGGUUCACCUGGAGACUUGCUCGCGGUAUCAUCUCAACUGACGAUGAGCUCUUCAAACCUUUCCGAGCCAACUCCCACUUUUUGAAGUUUAAAUAUGCUCAGGAGUAUGACUCUGGGACAUAUCGAUGUGAUGUGCAGCUGUUAAAAAACUUAAGACUUGUCAAGAGGCUCUAUUUUGGGCUGAGGGUCCUUCCUCCUAACUUGGUGAACCUGAAUUUCCAUCAGUCACUUACUGAGGAUCAGAAGUUAAUAGAUGUGGGAUUGGAAGUUAAUCUGGACAACUACUACAAGCCUCACCACCCAGAGUGGAAAAAGAAGGUGGCGUCAGCCUUGGGAAUAGGAAUUGCCAGUGGAGUGGUUGGUGGUGUGUUGGUGAGGAUUGUCCUCUGUGUGCUGAGGGGGGGCCUGCAGCAGUGACACGUCCUCAAGAGCUUAACAGCCUUGCCCCUGAAGGACUGGCUGCCCAGGAAGCCAAGCUAGCUUUUUAGGGGAGUGUUCCAGCUGUUAUUAGUGGAUCAGCUAAGAGGCAAGGCUCCCACAGCCAAAAGAAUGAGUGGGAGAAGUAGAGGGGACAACUUGGCAGCUAUGGGCAGCAAGCUAACUUCCUUAUAUCCUGUGGAUCUCCUCCUGAUCGUCCCUGCCCAUUGGGUA